GCCGGCACCACCACCACCCACGCCCCCUCUUCAUCCAGUUUUUAUUCUUUUCCACCCUCCACCCUCCAUACUCCACUACUCUCUCUUUUCUCAAUGUUAACCCUAACUAGCUAGCUUCCAACCAAAGUAUCCUAACCCUAGUUAGCUAUACAUCUUCAACAAGUGUACAAGACCAUUGUAUUGAUAGACAGUGUAACACUAUAAGAUCCCUAAAAACUGGCCAUGAAUCCACAUUGCACAUUUUUCGCCAUAACCACCUCAAUGUAAAGACUAAACCCUAACUCUACCUUGUUCUGCAGCCAAUCUCACCUGCCAACCCCGUGCCACUUGUAAUUAUUGUUGCAAUGUGUUGGAGAUUAAAAAUACUAAAGAUGGGUGAUGGGAGCAAAAGAUAUGAGAGGAAGCAUCAAUGAAAGAAACACAAAUGGCAUAAAAACCAGGCAGUGAAAUCAUUAUAAGAACCCUUUUUGCUAAAAAUAGAAACAGAACCAGCUUUACUGUUUUCUGGAUGAUCCCUUUGACCACUCACAGCAUACAAGAAAGUCAAGAAAACCCCCCAUUUCGUGAUUGCCGAGCGUCGAUCACCGGUAGUCUCGAUCUGCCAAGCCACACAGGGAGAGACAGCCAGUCUCUCUCACUGAUAUCUAUCUAAAGCAAGCAAGCGCGCACUUACUAAUCAGUGGCUACUAGCACUCUUUGCUUUUUUAUCAAGAAAAGUAGAAACCCUUAGUAGCUAACGAUGAUGCACCAUGAUGUGGUUCAUGAGAAAACCGAGGCCUGUUCUCUGAUGGCAGGUGGAGCAGGUGUCAAUGUGGAGGGGGACGAUAUGCAGAGUCCCAAUAUUGAAGGGGGUUCAGAUCUUGUUAUACGCGGGUCGACCCGUGACCACCUUGUUGGUUCUAUGGUGGGUUUUGAGAUUAAAAGGAAGAAAAGGAUGCCCAGGCAGAGGAGAUCAUCAUCUACUAUCAAUCACCUUCUCUCUUUUGCUGCUAAUGCUUCCUGCUCUGCCACCACUCACUUGCACGUGCCUGCCUUCUCUCUUCCUCUUCAAGACCCUUCUUCCCUCCCCGCACGUGUCAUUGAUCCAAGGAGACUUAGAUUCCUUUUCCAAAAGGAACUUAAGAACAGUGAUGUAAGCUCUCUGAGGAGAAUGAUACUCCCAAAGAAAGCAGCUGAGGCACACCUCCCUUUUCUGGAGUCCAAGGAAGGGAUAUUUAUCAACAUGGAUGACUUGGACGGUCUCCAUGUUUGGAGCUUCAAGUACAGGUACUGGCCUAAUAACAAUAGCCGAAUGUAUGUACUCGAAAACACCGGGGACUUUGUUCACGCUCAUGGAUUACAGCUUGGAGACUUUAUUAUGGUAUACCAAGACAGUCAAAGUCAGAAUUAUGUCAUCCAAGCUAAAAAGGCCUCGGAUCAAAAUGUAUAUACUGAUAUAGCUAGAAAUGCAGUCAAUGACACUGUUCUUCUUGAUUGUGAAGUUAACAAAUUCAGCUCCUUUUAUGUGAAUUAUCCUGUGGUUGACAAUACAGGCUUGUCGUUUAUCUACGAUACCACUACCUUCUCAAAUGUCUCGCCCCUUGAUUUUUUGGGUGGAUCAAUGACUAAUUUCUCAAGGAUCGGGCAUCUGGAGAGCUUCGGUUCUGUUGAGAACUUGUCUCUGGAUGACUUCUAUUAGGUUUCUUAUAAAGAUAGCAGUGCAUUUUGUUUAACAACAGAGCUUUACCUGAAAUGAAGAGUGACUUAAUCUUGUACAAAUCAGUGUGCUUUUGCCUGUAUAUGUACAUAAAAUUAAUAAAUAAGAGUAGGCAGUCUAGAAGAUGACA